GCAUUACAGUUUGGAAGUAACUUGCCCAACACUGCUUAGGAAACAUAUAAGGAAGUCUGCACAUGCACGCACUUCGAAAGAAUGUUAACCUGAGGGCAGAUCUUCUUAGGAAGUGUAAUGCAUGGGACUGCAUAGAAAAGGACGGCUUUAAAAGGCAGAGGUGGAGCAAACCUCAUUAAGUACAGCAGAAACUCGGCAGCGAUCAGUUCCAGCGCUUCUAACAAGUGAGUUUUAAUUCUUUUGUGUUGUAUAAUGAUAAUACAUGUGUGUUUUUAUGGGUUUUACUGGAAAAACAUUUCACAUUUAGGUAAUGGAUCUGUCUUUUUCCUUUACUUUGAAGGAAUUUGUCACACUUUUAUCCUGGAACCAACCAUGUCUCCAAACGUAGAGCUGGAGUGCGUCGUGUGCUUCAACGAGUUCUCUCGCAGAAGCCGGGUCCCACGGGUUCUGCACUGCAACCACACCUUCUGCGCUCCUUGUUUGGAGAAAAUGUCCAAGCUCCACAAUGGCAUCUACACUGUCUCCUGCCCUCUGUGCCGCUGGAUCACCUGCAUCCUGGCCACCAUGAAGCUGUCUGGAGCUCUGUGGGUCAACACUGAGAUCUGGGACCAACUGUCAGAAAAGCAGGAUUCACUAAAAGAUUUAAAAAGUACAAAGACCCAACUCAUUAUGCCAGCACACUCUGGUUUAAGGCGGACUAUUCACACAUCUGGUUUCAAGACAAGAGUCCAGAAACUGUUCACCUGUGUACCGCUGCAUCACCUGGAGAACUCGUGACAGAGGAAAUUCCUCCAACGCAUAUUUUAAACAGACGAUGACACCCGUUUCUAUCUCAUGAGGCAAAGACUCAAAGCUGCUUGAUGAUUUUGGAUCUGAUUUGACUCCCUUUUUAGACGAAGGACUCUCAAUUCUGCAAGCUGUGACGUGAACAUUUUUGUUAUGAAGUAUGUUAAAGAGUUUUCUUUUAACCUCGAUGAAACUUGGAAAUGACAAGAAGUUUCCUCCAGAUGAAACUAUUUGAGUCAGAUGUCCAGUUUUGAACUA